AUGCACGACUUCGACAGAAAAAUAUGCUGGAAAUGCCACACAGGGAUAAACGACAAUCACAUAAUUGAUAAUCUAAUGGAGGAUACGCCGUUCUCAUUCCUAUCAUGUGUGGGUUGCAGUGCUAAUGAGUUCAUGAUUAAAGAAAAACUCAAUUCAGAAAGCAAUAGAGGCAUCGAUAUACGAUACGAGAUAAGAAAUGAUAAUGACCUGGACAAUUUUGUGUUUUUGAAUAGCGACAGUGUUAUAAAAAUCACAAAAAACAGAUUCACAUACCAUUAUUCAAAGUCAGAAACUAUUUACACCACAAUGGGUAGGCUAUUAAGAAAGGUUAUCAGCGACCUGCAGUACUAUCUAAAUAUUGAGAUAAAAAAUAGUGAGUGUGAGAUAAAAGAAAAGCUAUGGAAUCACCUGGAUGAUGACGACAAGAUGUACGACGAUGCCCUGCUGGAGUAUGAAGAUUCAUCAUUUGAAGAUGGAGACAUAUAUUUUUGCAACGAUGAAGCAUCGAACGUGAACUCAGUAUAUAGUUCGUCUUUUUUUGAGGGAAUGGAACGGAGCGAAAUUGCCAAAUUUAAUCACAGGAACUUGGACCAGAUCGUUAAGGACAAAUGUUGUGAACUUUUUAUUGUUGAUUUUGAGGGUGUAUCCAGGAUAUUUGGUGCUGAGGGGUUUUCUAAUGAGAUGGCUUACGACAAUAUAGAUGUUUUGAACGGUAAAAAUGUGCAUCACAGCUGGCUGCAAUAG